AUGGAGGCAUCCAUGCUCAGCAAAAGAGCCCCUUCAUCGGAUAUUCGACAGCUACUUGCGUCAGCGUACAUGAAGAAAAAGAAAAUCUCGCAGAUUGAUUUUGUAGAGCAGCUUAGACUUGAGCCCGAGAUCGAAGCUCGAGCAGAUAUUACUUCAAACGAAUUUCCGUUGUUGGAGCAAUUACGCAGUGAGCAACUAUCAUUGAAUAAGGAAAUAUACUGUUCGUCAAUUCGAUACCCCCAGUUUGAACUGAGGAAGCGCAGCUUUCGCACGAUUGAGAAGAAUCUCGUUGCCAUAGACGUCAAGUUAGAAACACGAAAAACGUUGCCCUCCAAGCCCAGUAUACUUGGCAUCAACAAGGACAAGAUAAUUGAUGACCAAGCGGACUCGGAGGAUGGCGACUAG